GUGGAAAUGGACGAGUGACAUAUGCUUUGGUGACACCAAAUACUGGCGUGAAUAUCAACAAAAACAAUGGAACAUUAUCUUUUACUAAUAUCCAGGUGGAUGAGUUAACAUUCUACGUCACCGCUUGCGACAACCCUGAUAUUAGUAACAGCCAGCGAUGUUCGUUUGCUCGUGUUGAAGCCUUUCUCAACGGUCACUAUCUCAGGAGCUGUGACCAAGAACAUGUCUGUCGCCGAGAACUCUCCAGUGGACACAGUCGUCGGAAGUAUAGAUAUUCACGGUGCAACGUUGAGCAUUAUGGAACAAGAUGUACCAUUUAUUAUAAGAGCUGACUAUCUGGUCAGAACGACUGGAAUAUUAGACAGAGAAAACACGUCCACGUACACAUUCACAGUGACGGUCACAGGAAAGAUCAUCAGUAACAUAACAGUCAAUGUAGCCGUUUUGGAUGUGAACGACAACCCGCCAGUUUUUAUCCAAGCUGACUACGUAUUUGGUUUACCGUCAGGGAGCUCUCCACUGGGAAAUAUACAGGCGACAGACGCAGACUUAGACGAGAACGGAAACGUGUCAUACAGCUUCCAGCCUUCAUUUACCGCAAACAAAUACUUCACCAUCGACUCCCGAUCAGGGGAAAUCACUCGUUCUGGCGUCGAAAUUCCAUCAUAUCAAUCUUCGUUCCAACUGGGCGUUCUGGCAUCUGACAACGGUGUUCCUCAAAUGAAGUCGUUUUGUUCACUUUACAUUUCACGGAUUACUUUGAAGGGAAAUUACACUGUUACCAUUGAAACUCCAUUAAAAGAAGAAAAACUAAGAAAUAUGUUAAAAGAUUUGGAAAGAGAAAUAAGUAAUAUUCUUAAUCUAACAGUAAAUGCGCAGGUGCAAACAGCUAUCAACAAAAGGGCAACAACCACGCAGGAACCAAGAGCGGUAUUAGAGAUAUCGGCUACGUACAGGAAUGGGACAAGAGUACCAGCCAAAGAUCUUCAAAGAGAGGUGCUGAUUCACCUGUCCGAGAUAGAGGCACUCUGGACACAGGACACAAACUUGAAGAAUCCCAGUACUGAUGACUCCAACGUGAGCCAGAUAGCACUGAUCGUCGUUGCUGGUGUGAUGCUACUUGGAACCUUAAUAGCUGUGAUUGUUCUAUCCAUCAAAUGGAGACAAUUCAAGGCUCACGAGAAGGUUCAUAGACUGAAUGAAACUUUGACUCGUCGCAGUUCUUUGUAUGAAUCACAAGAAAUCAAAGUGCGAAUGGAUGACGAGACGUCAGAUUAUAACGGAUCGCUAAAUACGCAGGACCUGGAGACAUACGAAAAUGGACAUCGCCCUGUGGGGGACCUGAUUGCUUUUCAGAAUCCCGUUUACAAUGGAGAUGAUACAGACGAGACCAAAGUGAAGGCCCAAGCUAUCAAUGAAGCCCUGUUGAGUCUAAAAGAUCUGUCAAACCGGCUUGAAGAAGAAGACCCUUUGGCGCCCAAACCGGAGUACGAGAUAACUGGACAGAGUGAACCACAGGAUGUAUCCAGUUUGGAUCAAAAUGAAGCCAGUGAUUUGUCCGAUAAACUUGUUAAUGACGAUUUAAAUGCAUAUGACUCUGUGGAAACUGUUAAAAACACCAACACUAAUCCAUAUGAAAAUAUUGAUUUUGAUGACGACUUCCCGAGUACGAGUGGUUUUGCCGGAUUAAAAAUUGACGGCAAAAUGAUCACGAGUACUGGGGAGGGACACGAAGAGGAUAUUUUCAUAGGAAAUGACGACGACACAGGUAGUGCAAACAUGGCCCAAGAAAAUGACUCUAUUCCCGAGGAUGAACCGGAUGUUGACUAUCAUCUGAAACAGGUGCGAUUCGCCAACAGGGUCGUUAAUGCUGACACAAAUGUGGCAGAGGAACUCAAACCAGAUCAGUCUGAAAUAGUGAAAGAAACAGACAAAAAAAUCCCUUCUAAAGAUGAUGACGUUGACAAUGACGAUACUGAUGACGACAAAGCGUUUCUGAUUAACGCAGACUCCAACAACGAAUAUGAUAACGAGGCUGACUUUUCGGUUGAUAACGCCGACACGUCGAUCCGAAUGGACGAGGAAAUAAACUCGCCCGUAGACUUUCUCAAGAGCGACGAUAGCAAUGCGGAGACGGCGGAGGAUACAGGAACUUUCGUAUUUGGUGAAGAAGAAAUCACAUCUUUGUAAAUUACAUGCUUUCAAAGUUACAUGUUUACACUUUUAUUGACAAACAUGUGAUUUAGACUUGUAUUUAUGUGAAAUAUUGGGUUACUUGACUUUAAACGAAAAUCCGUUGGUUUACAAAUGUGUUAAAAACAUCAAGAAAUGGUUUAAACGAAUAAAGAAAUAUUCUUUUUGAAAUUUAUAAGACAACAUGCUGUCAGAUUACCACUUAAAAUAUCAAUAUAAAUUUGAAAUAUUUUUAACCAAGAAGGAAUGUGUGUGUGUUAAAAUAUAUGCUUUACAUGUGUAUGUGUUUAAACGUGUGUGUAUACAAGGACUGUACCCUUAUAAAUAUUCCUCCCUUUGAAUUUCAUAUGCAAAGAAUGUUUUCCUGAAUCAAUGAACACAUGUAUAUACCUUCUAUUAACAUAUCUAAGAAAUAUGAACUUUACUUCGAAAUAUAAUCUACAUGUAUAUCUUAAACUUCAAUGGCGCUAUGGAAUAUAUAUACAAUUGUAAAAGAUUUGACGACGUUGUUGUCAUAUUAAUGAACUAAUCUUUAAAGAUAAAUGUGACGGAAUCUCAUCAUAGACUUGUGACGUCAGACUACUUUUUUCAAGAUUUCCGAAAUGAUGAACUAGUAUUGAACUAUGUUUUUAAUUAUUUUUUAUUCAUAUAUCAUUCUGCGUAGACAUUAAAUAAUAGCAAGUUUCUUCUUUCUGUUAUAACUGAACCUUUGUACUUUUCCAGCAAAUCGUAAACUUCAUUAACCGUCAUAUUGCACAUGUGAUGCUGUAUGACACAGACAUCAUUUAUCUAAUUAAGAUCAAGUUCAAAUAAAUUUCAUAUAAAGUUUGGACGCUUCUGUUGCAACUUUUUUCUUUAAAUUUGCCUAAAAUUCCAUUAAAACUAUGAUUGGUUUUCCCGUACAAAAAUAAAUGUCCAUCUCCCUUUUACCAUAAAGAUAAUAAGAGAAUUGGCAGAAAUAUAGAAACUGGACUAGAAUAUAUGCAGUUUAUAGCUAGGAUAUCUUGUUAGUAUUUAAAAUAUAAACAUAAAUCGUUUAAGAUAAUAAUUUCUUCGAAUAUAGACAUAGCGUUAUGUUCGGAUUGAAGUGUUUAUGACGUUGUUUAACAUAAAGGACCAUGACUUAAAUGGUUUUACGCCUAAUAAAAUCUGAUAAGCUAACAUAUAACUACAAAUUUUCUUAUUAGUAUUUUGUGGACACGUUUUGUCCAGUUUUAUAUAAAAAAACAACAACUAUACAGUCUCUGGAAGCGAAGAUGACUGAAAGCCAAAGUGUAUUAUUCGCCCAAAUGUUUUCAUGGCAAGUGUUUCAGACAUUAGAUAUAAAUAUGUCUUAAUAGAAAGCGGGAUUUUUUAUCAUUGCUCCUUAACAAUUUAGGAGACAGUGGAUGGUCGAUAAAGUAGUUAUGGAUAAGGUUAGCCAUAUCACCAAAUGAGUUACCUAAGUGUAAAUGUAGAUGUUGUCAGGCUGGUUAUGUUAUUAUAGUCACACUAACAGCUUGUCGUGAAUGAAUAUAGAUGUAUACAGGUGUUAUCUUAUGUUAAAUGGCAGUGUCACUACCACCUCAUAUCUACUCCUCCGCCGUAGCAUUAUAUUAAGUAAGUAUUAACCAUACAAAAUCCAGUAUACUUUAUAAUUUUCAAAAGAUUGCCGAAAAAAUAAUAAAUAAAUGCCACUUGGUAAUGCAUAAAUCCUAUUCCAUAUAAUUCCUUCCUGUUUAUGAGCAUCACUUCGUUAUAUUGGGGUACUAUCCCCAAAGUGUAAAACAGUGAAAUUCCUUGCCGGGAUAUAACCCUGUCUACGGACGAAUAGGCUGGUUAAGGAGGGAUGAACGAGCUUAUUAUACCCCUACCUAAGUAGUACUCACACAAUAUUCAAAGGUUCUUAGAUUAAUAUAUUUCCAAUCAGUCUAAUUCAAGUGUAGGUAUAUUUAGGUGUUACUUUAUGUGUUUUGAUAAAUGGUUUGUUUUAACAGUUUGAAUUAUUUGAUUUAUUUUUAAAUAAUGUGUUUAUUUUACAAUAUGAUUGUGUGCAUAACAAUGCUAUAUGUGUAAAUUCUAUCCAGAUAUACGAUAGUACCUAUUUUACAGCUGACUUAAUUUCUAUAAAAAUAAGUUUUUAUUAAUGACCUUAACUGUUCUCGGGAUGUUUUUGUGUGUUUUAUAGUGGGUUUAAUAUAUGUUAUUUUUGCAGUUUGCUGAAAUAUAAUCUAAAAUAAAUUCAAAGAACUGGGAUGAAGUUUGAGUGUAAGACGGUAAAACGAUCAUUGUCAUCGGUAUAAACGGGAUACCUUAGGUAACUACGUCCAUUAUUUGACGCCAUUUGGACUGAAUUUCGUGAAACAUGUAGUAGCUUAUUAUGGUAUAUCCUCCAUUUGAUCAUAGUAAUAACUAUAUAAAAAUAGGAGAUAUGUCUGAGGAAGUUGGAAAUGACAUAAAGCUUCAGCAAUAUUAGGACCAGAUUUCCAACACAUCAUGCUGCUACGGAAUCGUGUAGUAUUAUGUGGAUAUUUAUUUCUUCGUUGCUAUCCAUACAAGCAGCAUACAUAUACAUGUCUUAGUGACGCCAUGUAUACAUAUGACGCUUACUUAGGACUACACUACUAAAAAUAAAUCAAUUUGAAUAUGUUUUAAGCACUCAUCGAUUUUAAUUAAAUAACGUGUUAAUUAGCACUUGUCUGAUAUAUCGUCAUUUCAGAUAUAACAGAUAGAUACACAUUGUUAUUUUUCAAGCGAGAUAAAAUUAAGUAUUGCUGUUAUUUCAACUGGGGUCAAAUGAUUUAGAAGAUAAAGUAAGUUUAAAGUAUCCAAAAUCUGGCAGAUUGUUUGGCUAAAUAGAGUAUUCAAUGGUGUUUUUGUUGCUAGCCUGUUUAUAUUAUCAUUUUAUAUACCUGUAUAUAAGCGAUGUUUACUGACAAUUUAUUUGUCAUUUGUAAUCAGAAUCACUUUCUCGCAAGUGGUAUAAGAAUUAUACUUGUGAAUAAAUCAAGAAAAUUGUUCUACAUGUGCCAAACUAUAGAAAUUGAAACGAAUAAAAAUUAUCCUGAAUUUUUGAA